AUGGACAUGCCUUUCGAUGUUAGUGAGCCUCAAGUUGAAGGACACGACGGCUUUGCCAGAUUCUACUGGAAACAUGACGAACAAUUGCAUCCUUUGAGAAGGAAAAAAGGUAGUGCAGAGGAUGGUCAUGCUCCCAUGGAAAGAACAAGAUAUGCAUAUGAAAAGUAUCGUGAAGUUAGAAGUCAAAUUACAUCUGGUCGAACCUUUACAGUAAACUUUGACGAAGGAAAGAACAAAGAAGGCUUCAUGGGUGUACUUGCUGCCAUUCAAGACGGAAAUAAGAAAGGAUACAAUCUCAGACUAACCGUAACAGAUUUAGAUGGUCAUAUUUACUAUGCACAUGGCAAUGUCACAACAGCCGCACAACUUCUUGACGCUUUCAAGACUACAAAGAGAGAACAAAUGGUUGACUCCGACUCAGAUAUUUUGAAUGCAAUUGAAGGAAUUGUAAGCGUGAAGUUCGAAUGGUAUCAACCUAACCCUCAAGCAGUCAGACAACAUGUUUGUUAG